UACAGGUCAUGUAUAAACAAGGCUCGCGCUGACUCAGCAACUAUUACAGAAGAGUAACUGAGAGUCUGAGAGAUGGCUACUGGUGGGGGGACUCUGAGGGUGCCCUCCUACGAGCGACAGAACACAGAGGACGUUGCAGACCUACCCCUCAAGAUCCCUGUGUCUGCUGUGUACGAGCACUUCACUUGCACUGUGUGUAUGUCUCGGAUCACUGACACGUGCGUCACCUCCUGUGGCCAUCGCUUCUGUUUCCAGUGUAUUGAGGAGUGGGUCAGCCGAAAACACAAGUGCCCUUGCUGCAACACUGUACUGAAUGCAACAGACCUCAUCAAAGACGUCGGAUUUGAUGCACUUAUCAGAACAGUACGGGAGGAGAGGACCAAGGCAGAGAAGGAAUACUUCAAGGUACUCGUGGAGAAAGCCUCCAAUGCCCCCUUUAAGGGGGAGACGCUGGACUCCCCACUACAAGUGGUACUACAAAAGCACCUGAAGCAAAGUCUGCAACAACACGAGGCCUACCAUCAGCGACUGGUAGCUGACUACAAGAGGGGACUGAGCAAGCUGGCACAGGAGAAGCACAUCCAAGCCCAGCUGGCUAUACAGCAAUACCCACACGACCCUGACCAUCCAGGGCGUAGGGCACUAUUGGACGUGGUGGAGCGACGAUGGGAGGAGAAGAAGACGGUGCUGGCAGGUGAACUGGAGAGGGUAGAGAAACUACUGGCAAGUGCCUAUGAUAGACACCUGAGUCAGCAUCUCCCCCGUUCCCCCGCCACUGUACCCGUGAGUGUACAACUCUCAGUGCCAGACAGAGAUUUCAUUGCUCGUGACGUCGUACUAUUGCCGGAGGAUACCAUGGCAACGGUACUGGGUAAGCUCCGAGGGCUGAUGGAGGGGGCGGAACUUGAAGUGGAAACGUUCCCUGCCUGCGAAGAAUUGGAGCUAUCUAUCAUCAGUCCGUUUGCUCCCCUUGACGACGAGGCCCCACCCUCCCCUCCUGCGGGUGAUGAGGAUGCUCCAGGCCUCAAGGCUGCUGGUGGAGACAUGACCCUCGUCAGUCAGGUGGUGCAUCCCGACUGUAGACCUGUCCUCGAGUUUGAUAUGACUCCAGGUACGGAGCUUCGGUUCAAAGGUGACAUCGUCCUAGUGGGGGACACACCCACUACGUGUUUUGCUGCCGGUUUUGCAAAGGGACAGGAGAAAUUUGUGGAUUACUUCACUUGUCAGCAGUGCAAUCUCAACUGGAUAUGCAAGGCUUGCUCUGAGGUGUGUCACAAAGGCCAUGGCAUUGUGCCCUUCAAUAUGAACCACAAGACCACUUGGGCUUGCUGUUACUGUCUACGGAAGAAGAAAUGCACCAUUUCCCAGAAGCUUAAGUGAACUAACUGCACUAGAACUAGUUAUAGAUAGACACUGUGUGUGUUUCCGUUUGUUCCGUGUGACUUAAUGAAAUUUCAACAUUAUAAUAAUAUAUAAU